CACAUGGGGUGUUGUUGAAGACAUGGGUUGAUGGGUUGAGAUGCAGGUGAAGAAACGAUUGACUGAAGGGAGAUUUCCUUGACAAGUGGUCCUCGGGGUAAGGCUCUCAUCGCAGCGAUCGAAACGAGCGAUGCCGUUUAGAACAAGAGCAACCUGACACACACACACACACACACACACACAUGUACAACACUGGGGAAUUCCUCACGACACCUUAAAGACAUGAGAUAAGAGCUGGAAAGAGCCUCUUUCUCUCUCUCUUCUGUGUGCUUCACUCGCCCCACCUUUCCCUCUCUUUAACGUCGACCCCUCCUUUCUACAGCUGACUUAUUCUCAUUUAAAUGUCUGCGGGGUAAAACACCUCUCCCCGCUCAUAACUCACAGGUGAAGUUUACACUCCCCUUCAUAGCACACUGACAUGUACAGCAAAGCAGAGAGACCUCAGCCGGACACCGUUCGAGGAGUGCGUUCUUCACAGCCGUGGAGUUUUGACAGACUCUCUUGAGAGUUUGGAUUUGCGAUAGCGCAAAAUGCACUGGCAUCGUAUUCUGCGUUUUUGAUCACGCAUUCACUGUAAUGCUUAUGAAAAAAGAGGAGGACGGCAGCAUCUUCGGGAGUGGGAUGCCAGUUUGAUUAGGAGUGACACCUCAGCCGUUUCCUGGACACCUUCUCAUCCUCACGGGCCGGAUGUAAGGAUGGUCUCUGGGCUUUGAGGAUCGCUCUGUUCGAGUCUGGCUGUGUGUGGAUGGAGCUGAGAGAGCGGAGACCCUGAUGUCGGAGCUGCUGCUGCUGGCCUGUGUGCUCCUUUCCUGGAUCAUCACCUGCCAGUCUGGACCAUGGAGGCCUUGCACAGAUCUAUUACCACUGGAUCUCCUGUCCCGGGUGCUUCCUGUGUCCAGCAGGGCUCAGGAUGGGAUACGUAUGGUCCAGUCCAGAGGUGCUCGUGGUUUUCAGUUUUCUGGAUCUCCACAGCUGUUCAGCUUCCCUGCCUCUCAGCUCUUCAUUAAUUGUAACUUCUUUCCCGCCGAGUUCUCCAUCGUCGUCACACUGAAAAUCCCACAAGUGGCUCCUGAGAAGAGUGAAUACAUCUUCACACUGUUGGAGGGAGAUUCAGAUGAGCCGCUCGUCGGUCUGCGUCUGUCCCAAAACAAGUUCCACUUUCUACAGAAGGGUCACGGCAGCAGGAGGCGCAGCACUUUUAAAGCAGUGGGGCUGGAUGAUAACCGCUGGCACACUGUGGUCUUGGCUGUUACAGGACGCUACACCAUACUCACUGUGGACUGUGGCUCACCUCUAGAGCUUGUUUGAAAGACCUUUCCCGAUGAUCUUGAUACAACUGAUUCCACAUUCUUCAUCGCCAGCAGAAGAAGAUGGAACGGCCUAUUUUCUGGUCUCUUACGACAGCUAGUUUUGUUACCGGGUUCAGAUGCUACCUCACAAAUUUGUCCCUCAUCUGAGCCCCGGCUGUCUGCUCUCUCAGUUCCUAAGUCCCUCUUACACCUGCCAAUCAAACCAUCAUCCGCUGACCUUCCCCUCCACCCUUACGAGGCAGAGGUUCGGGUGACUGCGGGUGUGAUUCCUCCCUGUGGACUCUCAGAGGAGGGACAGCUGUGGUUUAACACACUGAAGAGAGGACUGUUUCUCUGUGAUGGGAUUACAUGGCUCAGUAUGCUGCAAGGGAAAGAGAAGCUGGAUUACGUGGAGGAUCACCAGGAUUUAUUUACCAACUCUGAGACAUUUGACAUUGAGGUUUUCCACAUCACUUCUGUAGGGCUUUUCAUGGCGACCGCCAACCGUGACUCCCACCUCGGAUCAGGAAUUUACAAAUGGACAGAUGGGAGGUUCGAACGAUAUCAAAACAUCAGCACCUAUGAUGCACAAGCAUGGCAGUACUUCACAGUGGGCAAAAAGAAGUUCCUGGUUGUUGCAAACUGCAGAAGCGAGGAUGCAGAGGACCAGGAGCAGUCUGUGAUAUAUAAGUGGAGCUCAAGGAAGCUGAAAUUUAUUCGCUAUCAGACUCUGAACACACACAGCGCUCGUGACUGGGAGGCUUUCAACAUUCAGGAAGAAACUUUCCUCGCGGUGGCCAAUCAUAGGCAAGGAGAGAGAAACCAUAAUAUUGACAGUGUGAUCUACAAGUGGAACGAGGUGACACAGUUUUUUGAGGUCAAUCAGACGAUCCCCACCACUGGUGCUUACGAUUGGGAGUUUUUCGCCAUCGGCCCAUAUUACUUCCUUGCGGUCGCUAACACUUUCAAUGGAAGAUCUACAGUCAUUGAUUCUACCAUCUAUAUCUGGCUGGGAGGGAUGUUUCAGCCUUAUCAGUUCAUUACAACCUUUGGGGCGAUCGACUGGGAGAUGUUCCAGAUUGAAAACAGGGUUUUCUUGGCGGUGGCGAACAGCCAGAUGCUCACCGAAGACGGUAAAAUCCUGUACUCCAUCAACUCCACCAUCUAUGAGCUCAGCAUGACAUCUCAGACCUUCAUCAAGUUUCAGGAUAUUGAAACGAACAGUGCUUUGGACUGGGAGUAUUUUACUGUGGGAGACGACAAGUUCCUGGUGGUGGCCAACUCUUACGAUGGAAACUCAUACUCUCUUAAUAGUGUUAUAUACAGGUGGCAGGGUUAUGAGGGCUUUAUCCCGGUGCACAGACUGAGCACCAAUGGCUGCAGAGAUUGGGAAUAUUUUAACACAACCGAUGGCUCCUACCUCAUCUACUCCAGUGCCAGAGCUGCUCUCUCUAAAGUCCUUAAAUUAAGGACAGUCUAGUGGCACUGGACACAUGGACUCUAUCUGCUGCCAGAAACAGCAACUCAAAGCAAGAACACAACUGAACUCAUAAAUCAGACGUUCUUCAAUGCAAAUGUUAUCCAAAUCUUAAAUCAGCGUAUCACAUGAUAACACUUUAACGCUUAAUGACAUACCUUGAAACUAGCUAAAGGAUGAAUCUCAUCACUAAUGAAUCGGUCCGCUGACCACCUAAAAAUAACAGCACACUCACUAAACAUUCAGAAGACUUAUACCUGCACAUAUUUGCACACGGAUCAUCAGUAUGCUUUGUUGAUUAAAAUGUCAUUAUGUCCUGUGGUUAUGCAUCAUUACUCUGCACAUGAAGAGAGAGAACAUUUUAUGGAUGACUGGAAAAAUAGUUUUAUCAGCCAACAAAGAAACUGUAUCUAACUGUACUGUACCGUCUGUAAGCUAAUGAUUUACAUUAUUUUUUAUUAGAAGGCCUUUUAAUUGAAGUGUACAAUAUAUGCAAUAAAUACAAUUAAGACAUUAUUUAUAAUAGAUAAAUAAUAAUAAAAAAUGAGGGAUUUUAGUAAUACACAGACUAUUUUCUUUUUAUAUUAUAACUAUGACUAAGUUUAGAACUUGAUUGUGUUGUAAAAUAUAUUUGGUUUUUUCCCCUCUGUAUUAUAUUAUAUUGCAAUAUACCUCACCCCGAUUACAUUAAACACUUUUCACGUUUGUUUUACUAAAUUUAUUAACCUUUUGGAUUUGUCAAGAAAUGC